UUGACCGAUGUCGGUUAUCGCGGGUGCGGUUGAAAGAAAUCUUACUUUCGAAAGAUAACGCGUGUUUGGGGUUCCGGUUCCUUGGAGCAGGAAGUUCACUUCUCUGGUUAGUUUUUACAACUGUGAUAAUUUGGUGUGAAUCCCGUGUGAGUUGUUGCAAAGAGGGAAAAAAUCUAAAGAAGGGAAGGUGGCCCUCGUGGAAGAUGAUAGUGGGAUAGUGAUAGUGGGAAAUUACUUUCUUUACCCGCGGGAAAGGUUUGUGAUGUAAAAGUUGUUCGGCCUAUUGAAAUCUAUGUGUUGUGUGCUGUUCAGGUCCUUCGCUCGGCUCUUUUUGGCGAAACGAGCAUGCCAAGUGGAUGAAGUUAGGCUUCCGGGCUAAAUAUUUGGGAUUCCCGGUACAAGGGUUGUGUGUGAAUUUCAAUUACCUCUGGGAUUGAGCUAAAGUGGAAAGUGUUUACCCAUAUGAGCAGUAGUACUUGGAUAUGGCUUUAUAGUGUCGCUGCAAAAAGGAUGAGUGAAUUAAAAUAUGCAUAGCAAUUCUAGCGGAGUUUCCCUCGGGGAAGGCAAAAUUUCCUUAGUGCAAACGGUGUUGUUGCCAUUUCAAGCCAACGAAAGCUGGUGGCCUUCGACUGUCGUAGGUGACGAGUUAUCCGGAUUUUCCGGGGAGGAAGUGAAUUCUAGUGUUUUGCUAUUAGUCAGUAGUACAAUUCCCUCGUGGAGUAACGCAGCAGUCGGUGAAGAGUCCUGGAUACAACGAACCACUUAUCAGCCGGAUUUAAGGAACUACCCCCGAGAAAUUUCGGGUCCUGGUCCUAAUCUUGAUAUCGACCAACAAACGUUCCUGUACUACGCAGAGCUCUUGAGUGUCAUCAAUUUUUACUACAUCCCUGCCCUGGUUCUGUUCGGAAGCAUCGGCAACAUCCUUUCUGUGCUAGUGUUCUUUAAAACUAAGCUGAAAAAGUUGUCUUCCUCCUACUAUCUGGCAGCACUCGGUCUCAGUGAUACGUGCUAUCUUGUGGGGCUUUUCGUGCCCUGGUUGAAUCUUAUCGACAUCAAAAUUUACACCCUGGAAGGGUACUGUCAGUUCUUCACGUUCUUCAGCAAUUUGUGCAGCUUCCUGUCCGUUUGGUUUGUGGUCGCAUUUACGGUCGAACGUUUCAUUGCCGUAAUGUAUCCCCUCAAGAGGCAGACCAUGUGCACCGUACGGAGGGCCAAGAUUGUGAUAAGUGCACUAACACUAAUAGGGGUAUUUAUCAGCCUGCCGGUGAUUUUCUUCGCCUCGCCCCAGUACUCGCCGGCCAUGAACGAAACCAUCUGUGAUAUGCCUGAGGAAUACAAAGACCAGAUGACAAUGUUCAAUUAUCUGGACACAAUUCUGGUGUUCGUGGUGCCAUUCACGAUGAUCGUGGUGCUGAAUACGUUCACGGCCCUCACGGUGUGGAAAUUUGCCGGCGUCCGGAGAACCAUGACGAUGCCUCGCAGCUUCGGUGGCAAUCUACGGGAAUCUCGAAGACAGCACCAUCAACUGCAGACAUCCAACUCAAACCACCUGAUCCUGAAUGGAGGACUUCCCAUCCCGCAGAUUCAGUCCUACAGUAGAGGCCGCGUCGUAAAUUCACAGAUCAAAGUGACGAAAAUGUUACUUAUAGUUUCGACCGUGUUUGUGUGUCUCAAUUUGCCAAGCUACGCAGUGCGGGUGAAAAUCUUUCUUGGGGUGAGUAUUAUUUUUGUCUUUCAACAUUCGUGGAAAAUCUUUCGGCAAUUCAUUAUUCUAAAGAAGACAUGAAAACUAAAACAGGUUUAGGUAUUGAGAGAAAAAAAAAUUGAUUUUGAAAAGAUGUCAGAAAGAACUAAAUGAAAAAAAAAAGAAAAUAAACGAAGAAAUAAAGUGAUAGAAUUUAUGUACGAGAUUGAAAAAUAGUGGCUACAUGAGAGGAAGAGCAAGGUGAUGAGAGAUAAAAGAGAAGAGUUAGCUUGAAAAAUGGAAUGGAAACAUAAGAGCAAAGUGUAAAAAGAAUAGCUAGGAAAAAAGGAAAAAGCUAGAAAAAUAAAGGAUAGAAUAAAAAAA